AUGUCCGAGAACACCAACGAGAGGGAACAGUACCCCGAGAAGCUUUGCGACUUCGUGGUCUACAUGGACCUGAGUUACAACGGCCAGGAAGACAAACUAGUCCCCAAGGGCAACGGCUCCGGGUUCGCUCUGUUCACAUCGCUGGUGCAGCAGCGAGCGGGCAACCACCUGGUGGCCGUCAGUCACGACGACAUCCGUGAGUGCAUGGACAAGUGGAAGGACCCGAUGUCCCUGUCCCAUUUCGUGGUCACCACCACGGCCUGGAUCAUCAAGAACAAAUUCGACGGUCUGGCCUUUCUCGACCUCCUGGUCAUCACGGACCAGAUGCCGGCCAUCUUGAAGAUGCUCCAGAAAUUCCACGAGGCCUUCAAGGAGAACGGUUCACGGACGCUGCUGCUCAUGUUCGGCAUGCAGGUGAAAGCCUUCAAGUCCUCAGUAGAAGAAUUCCUGGCCAACCUGCAACACAUUUCCAAGGUGGUGGACUACACAAUUCUGGAGACUCACCACUCCCGUCCAGCGCCGACGUGCAAUUUGCUGAUGCCCAACUCGUUCCGCGAGUACACCGACUUUGCUGACACCCUGCCCAUCAUAACGGCGCUCGACUGGGCCAAGCAGCUGCAGAGCCUGGUCGUGCCUCCGCCCAACGUGUGCUUCUCGCUCAACCUUGCCGCUCUCCACUACGAACUCAAGUCCAAGUCCAUUCAAAUCGGGGCUCCGUGCCAGAGCGAGACGCUCGUGCGCUACAACCAGACGUGCAAGGGGCAAGACUGGGCGGGGCCCGUGUUGGACGACAAAUCAGUGGCGGCCUUCCGCUACCGCGGCAACCAGUGGCAGUCUUUCCAGAACGAGGACAGCAUCACCAAGAUGAUGCGCCUGGUACUCAAGGUGAACCCCAGCGUAUGCGUGGCAGCCUACUUCGUGGACUACGAAGACUACAGAGGCGACUGCAUCAAGGACAAGCCUUUCCCGAGACUGUCAGCUGUACGACGUAUCCUCGACCAAGUUGUGAACCACUGA